AUGGCGUCGUGCCUCGCAGCUUUUUCCUCGGCGCGUGUGUUUUCUCUUCGAGCAGUCACCACCUCCCGUGUUCAAAGGCGCGGCCAGGUUGUAUGCACGAUUCAGCCGAAAAGAAAUAACUCAACUGCGGCUACUUCUGGGACCCACCACCUUUCGCCGUUUUACGCGGAGAAAGCCGCGCCGGUGGAAGAAGAUGUAGACCGCGCGUACUGGACCGACGACGAUGUUUCUCCAGUGUUGCUCCAGGAUGACGAGAGCACGUGGCAGGACAGCAAUUACGUGGACCUGACCCUGCGGUCUUAUAAGAUUGUGAGGGAGGAGACUCAGCAUGCCCUCCAGAGCCACUUCAUGCAGCAGAAGAAAGAAGCAGCCGCGAAGGCGCCUGCGACAACCGAGUCCCAUCACACUUGCUGUGCGCCAACACCUGAACACACCUUCUGCUGUGAGAACUCCAUUCCCGUCGCCAUUCCUCUCACCCCUCUCAUCGCCCACUACGCUAUCCUCGAGUUCGCCAAAUCGCCCUCCCGUCUCCCAUUCCGUCGCGCGUCACGUCGCCAUCUCGCCGCCCGUCCCGUCGCCCUCUUCGUCGCCCUCUCUCCCCUCCUCUCCUCCCGCCGGCCUCUCUCUCGCCCCUCCCUACUGAUCGCCCUCCCGUCGCUCUCCGCUCCCUUCCCGUCGCCCUCUCUCUCGCCCCUCCCUUCCCGUCGCGUUCUCUCUCUCUGCUCCCUUCCCGUCGCCCUCUCUCUCGCCCCUCCCUUCCCGUCGCGUUCUCUCUCUCUGCUCCCUUCCCGUCACCCUCUCUCUCGCCCCUCCCUUCCCGUCGCGCUCUCUCUCUCCGCUCCCUUCCCGUCGCCCUCUCUCUCGCCCCUCCCUUCCCGUCGCGCUCUCUCUCUCCGCUCCCUUCCCGUCGCCCUCUCUCUCGCCCCUCCCUUCCCGUCACGCUCUCUCUCUCUCUGCACCCUUCCCAUCGCCCUCUCUCUCGCCCCUCCCUUCCCAUCGCGCUCUCUCUCCGCUCCGCCCUCUCUCUCGCUCCUCCCUUCGAAUCGCGCUCUCUCUCCGCUCCCUUCCCGUCGCGCUCUCUCUCUCCGCUCCCUUCCCAUUGCCCUCUCUCUUUCUGCUCCCUUCACGUCCUCCCUUCUCGCUCGCCUCGAAUAG